GGAGUCGCGCGGUCCGCCGGGCGCGGAGAGGGGCGGGCGGCCGGGGAAGUCGCUGGCCGGCGGAGCGAAGGGGGCGCUGCUCCCCAGAUGCCCAGAGAUGGCUGCGGACCGGGGGCUCGCGCGGGGGCUGCUCCUCCUGCACCUCCUGCUGGCUCUGCGGUGCCUCCCGGGGGCAGAUUGUAUGUCAAGACACUGCCCCUUUGAAGAUGUUCUUCUUCAGCCCUCCGGAUUACCUAACCUUAACAAGACAUUCAUUUGGGAUGUUAAAGCUGGUAGGAAAGAUGCACUAGUACUGAAGUUUGCGACAUGGCUAAGACAGGUGGAACCUGGAGACGCUUGCCACGAUCAAGUUGUUUAUAACAUCGGCAGCCGUUUUGACACCAACACAGUCAACAUUGGAUUUUUCUGCAGAAAUGGUCCCGUUUCUCGGGUGAAGGUGCAAGGGGAAGUAAUCGUGACCCUACAGCUUCCUUGGGAUUCGAAACUUAACACUUCUGGCUUUAAGAUAGAAAGCAGGGAUUCCAUAAAAAGAUUGUGCAUUAUAGAAUCAAUGUUUCUGAGUGAAUCAUCUGUAACCUUGAUGUCUGCCAACUAUCCCUCGGGCUUCCCAGAAGAUGAGCUCAUGACGUGGCAGUUUAUCGUGCCACCUAGUUUGAGGGCCAGCGUCUUCUUCCUCAACCACACCAAACCAAAUUGUGAACGGAAAGAACAGAGACUGGAGUACCUCUUACCUGGAUAUGAUAACCCUGAGGUGUAUUCACUGAAUGAUGCACAGCCAAUGAGUAUUCCUGGUAACUUCAGCCUUUCCUUGCAAGGCUGUGAUCAAGAUGAUCAGAACCCUGAGGCUCUUCGCCUGCUCUUUAAAGUUGAUGUUCACUACCCUAAAAAUGAGGAAAAUGUAUCCUUCACGAUUGACCUUAGGCAUGAUGACAUUAAUGUUACAAUUUAUACAAACUCACCACAGUCCGGAUCCCAUUCGGAGAAUAAACCUGCGUGCUUAAUCUGCAGAAGUUCUAGACACUGUGGACCCAACGUGACGUUAGCAUCUGGAGACUCGUCUUCGAUAACCAUUCUGUGCCGCAAAAAGGAUGUACCCAACAAUGUAAAGAUGAUUGCUGAAAAAUCUCUAGCCUGUUGGAAAUCCAGGACCUGUCAAAACAGAGUGUUUCCUGUAGCUGUACCAAAGGCUCUUCUUGGGUUGCCAGUCCCACUUGACAUGUUUUUCUGGAAAAUUACAGCACCUGAAGACACCAACAUAGAACUGAGGGCUCCAGCCUUGAAACUACAGCAACAUAUCCCCAACCAACAACACAAAUGCACUGGAAGUUACAGUUAUGCCAUUAAUGGGACCACCCCAGGGAAAAUCUUAACAUUUGGUAUAUACUGUCCAGGGGGAGCCAUUGAAAAAAUCCAGAUAAGGAACAACGUCACCAUAAGCCUGAAGACAUUUGGGACAGGUUUUGAUGAAGCUGUUCGUAAUCAGGACCUGAAGUUGGUUUUUGUGCCAGCAAUAAAAGAAGACUGCAUAUUCACAGUUACCCCAACUCCAAAAUCAAAAGUUUACUUAGAAACCCCUAACUGGGUAGAUGGUCUGCCUUCCUACAUGAACAUCUACUGGAACAUCAGCGUCCCACAGAAGAAAAUGGCACAACUUCAAUUCUUAUCUGAAUGGAAGGAUUUUACUUGUGAGAAGGCAUGGGCUUAUGUCCAUGUUAAAGAACAGAGGCCAAAUGCAGAAGAAAUCUCACGCCGUAAUGAUGUAUCACUGCCAAAGACUCUAGAUAUGCAUCAUAAUUUCUGGUUAAACAUCAGUAACUGUAAACCAAAUCCUAUGAAAUUUCUGGCCAUGCAGUUCGCGGUGACAAUUGCUGACAAAAAAUCAGCUUUGGCUAUCAUCAUUGGUGCGGUGGCUGGUGUGCUAGCAGUGGUAACAGUUAUCGGGAUUGCUGUAUGCUGCAUUAAGAAAAAGAAGAAAAAGGAAAAUCCCCAGACCCCAGUGGUGGGAGUAUAUAAUACUAAUGUCAACACUCAGCUCCCCACAAAACCAGGUGUAUUUAAAAAGGGGAGGAAGAACAAUGAAUCUCAUGUCUAUGCAGUCAUUGAUGACACCAUGGUUUACGGGCACUUGCUGGAUAACUUGAGUGUUCCUGGAAAUGCUGAGAUAGGCGUGUACCAGCCUUUUACUGGGGCCAUAAGUACUAAGCCUCCAUCUCCACCUCCAAUUUCAUCUUUCAGGAAAAUGUCCAAACUAUCUACGACUGAGGAGUCCUCCACACCGAUGACUGACAGUGAGAUAUAUACCUUUGCACACCGUGCUCUGGAGCCACUUAAAAGCAAUGGUGACACACAUAUUAGUGGUAACGGAGAGGUAGACACAUCCUUACUUGGAAAAAAAGAACUGGAAAACUCAGUGUUAUAACCAUGAUACAAAAUCUAAGACUCCUCAGGGACAUAGAAGGAACUGUGGUUGACACACACACACAUCUCCCCCCCCUUAAAAAAGAAUUAUUUUAAAGCCUAUUUUUAUACAGUUUCCUUUGUGGCUCACGUCAGUUUUUAGAAUGAAUUUUCAGAUCAUUUACCAUGAGUGCAUUACCCAGAAAUGUCCAGAAUUUUGAACACAGAAAGGGAUGGCAAAGAUGCUUUUAAAACUUAUAUUAUAAUAAGACUAUUUAAAUAAAGCUAAGUACUGGAUAUUAAAUGGACUGGGAAAAUUGCAUUGCCAAAACCACCUAUUGAUUUCUUUGGCUCUUGAGGAUGGGCUAACAUUGAUUUGAAGAUUGCAACCAUGCUGCAGAAUAAAUACUUGUGGUGGGGAAAUGGCAUAGCUCGAAGAGGGCUUUCCUAAUUCAGAAGUGUGCCCAUAAGAAGAUGACUUUUGUUGAUUGUGUAGCUCUAAGUUGUCUAUGACCUAGGAUUACACCAGUAUAGACAUCUGUGCAACAAAACAAAAAUGAUGGUUGUGUCUGAAAAUGAGAAUUCCCUAUCCAAUUAGUUGUGUAAUAUAUGUAUAAUAAAGUAUUUUAUUUGUAUUUUUCUUUAUAUGGAAAUAAUUUGGUGAAUUUUAACCAACAGUCAGGACUGAUGAUUGUGAAAGGUUGGGCAUUCGUCAUCCUGGGUUGCCAAAAAUCUAAUGCGAGGAAAUUAUUACUUCAGUAUUAAAGCUGUGUCUGACACACACAGUAGCCUCCCUUUAUGCUGAAUUCUCAGUUUAUAAUGCAGAGCAUGGUAGUUUUAAAUAUGGAACAUAUAUAUUGGAGAAUAAAACAAAGGUCUGAGUAACUUGUGGGGCUGAGUCCAGCUGGUUUUCAGAUAGGUUUAUAGUCUGAAGAAACGGCAAGGUACCAGUAAGCUACUUCUAGGUUUCCUAGAAAUCGUACUGUAUAAAUAUAAGACAACUGUGGCCAGUAUUGUAUCAAUGGUCAAUACACUUCUCUACAAUUAGAGAAGCACAGUGCUGUACAAAGCAAUAAUUGCAAUUUAAUGCUAACAUGCAGAUGUCCCAGCCGUUUACACAAUACUGAACUUUAUGCAGGGGUCGUUUCGUAGAAAAAGAGCUAGGGGAACUCAUUAGCAUAGCUCAUUAGCA